AUGGAGGAGGCCGCCAGAGCACACUUCUUCUUCCACGGCCAACAGGGUCGCGAGGAGGAAAAAGCCGCCUGCCACGCCUGCCAGAUCCGCUCCUUCCAAAACAACCAGGACCACCCCGUCACCCUCGUCAACCACGAGGACAAUGCCAAGCUGGACCCAGACUUCCGCUUCGUCGACGCCUCCAUCCUCGGCGAGGGCGUAGAGCCCAGUAGGGAUGGGUUUCGCUCCGGCUGCGACUGCCAAGAGGGCGAGGACUGCCAGUACGGCUCCUGCGGCUGCCUCCAGGACGUCGACAACGACAGUAGUGACGAGGACCAAGACCACGACGGGGACGAUGAGCAUGCCAGACAUUACCGUCGCAAGGCGUACUCGUACCACUCCCACGGCAGCAAGGCUGGUCUUCUCCGCUCCAAGAUCCUCGCCACCCGCCAGCCCAUUUACGAGUGCCAUUCCAUGUGCGCGUGCGGGCCAGACUGCCCGAACCGCGUGGUCGAGAGGGGACGUCAGAUCCCCCUACAGAUCUUCCGCACCAAGAACCGUGGCUGGGGCGUCCGGAGCACCGUCGACAUCAAGAAAGGCCAGUUUGUCGACAAGUACAUGGGCGAGAUCAUCACGUCGGCCGAGGCCGACCGCCGGCGUAACGAGUCCCACAAGGCCGAAAGCAAGGAUGUCUACCUCUUCGCGCUCGACAAGUUCUCCGACCAGGACUCGCCCGACGAGCGGCUCCGCGGCCCGUCACUCGAGGUCGACGGCGAGCACAUGUCUGGCCCCACGAGGUUCGUCAACCACUCGUGCGACCCGAACAUGCGCAUCUUUGCGCGUGUAGGGGAUCAUGCUGACAAGCACCUGCACGACCUGGCGCUGUUUGCGAUACGGGACAUCAACCGAGGGGAGGAGCUGACCUUUGACUAUGUCGAUGGCGUCGAGGACGAAGACAAUGACGCCCUGGAUCCGGAGAAGCAGAAGGACAUGACGAAGUGCUUGUGCGGGAGCGACAAUUGCAGAGGCUUCCUGUGGUGA